AUGGACCUAAAACUAAAAAAUCCUGAGUUCUGGUACAGUUUCCAUGGCCAGAUCCCAGGGCUGCUGGACUGGGACAUGAGAAAUGAGUUCUUCCUUUCUUGCACCACAGACCAGUGCCCCUUAGUUGAGCAGAACCUUGCCAGAUACAGACUUAAAGUAAUGGAGACUCCAAAAGUACCUCAGGAGAGGGAAUCCAGUCCUGGAAAAGAUCGUCCUAACUCUGAACCCAACCUGUGGAUGUGGGUGAAUCCCAACAUUGCAUGCUCCCUUGGCAGCCGGGGGACCCCAGAGCCCAGUAAGAAAAAGGAUCUUGCACGCAUACGCGUUUCUCCUCAUCUACUCGCAAAAGAUGAAGUAUCUAACUGCCCAGAGGCCACAGUGAUGCAGUCUCUGCCAUCUUCCUCCAGCAAGCAAUCUCCCCUACAGAAGUGGAUCACCUUUUCCUCCAGUGACAGGGAGCUCAUAGAAGAGGAGACCAAGGAAAAAGAUAACAACUCCUCUGUGGUCCGCCAGUCUCCAAACAAAAGGGAGUGCUUCCAGAGCCAGAAGCUAUGGCAAGGCAACAGCCAGGAGGGGAAGUCCUGGCCUCGUCCCCCCCUCAAUUACAGUCACUUAAUUGCUCUGGCACUUAGAAACAGCCCUCCCUGUGGCCUCAAUGUGCAAGAGAUCUACAGUUUCACCCAACAGCAUUUCCCCUUUUUCUGGACAGCUCCAGAUGGAUGGAAGAAUACCAUCCGUCACAACCUCUGCUUCCUGGACAGCUUUGAGAGGGCACCAGUCAGCCUUCAGGAUGGGGCCAGUGCAAGGUCAAGGUCUGGCCUCUGGAGGCUUACUGAGGAGGGACACCGCCGCUUUCAGGAGGAGACUCGUGCCUUAGCCUCUGCUAGAAGAGAGAGUAUUCAACAGUGCAUGAGCCAUCCAGAUGUUAUGACUUCCCUCUUUGAGCUUUGA